CGUGGUGGCCGGCGGAGCGUACGAUGACCCCCCGCGAGCAACUGAGGAAGAUGACGGCACUCGGGGAGCAGGGAGCCUUGGACGAGAAACACUGGUACCGCCUGGUCAACGGCAUGUCGGCAAACGACCUGCGGCAGAGGCAGGAGAUGAUCAUGAGGAACCAGAUGGCCAUGGCGCCGCAGAUCCUGGCCCAGGGCCAGCAGAGGUUGCAGGGGGUGCCGACGCCGUUCGAACCGCGCUUCAUGGAAAGGGAGUUGGUCCCUCCGGCCGAGAUGGUGGCGCCCGACGGCAGGCCCGUGCACUUGGGGCCGCACCUGGGCCCCCCUCUGGCGCCGCAUGCCGCAGUCCUACCGGGGAGAAACUUUCCAGGAGCAGCCGGCUAUGGCUUCCUGCCCUCGGAACCCAUGGAAACGGUUGCCCGGCGACAGGAGCUCAUUCACAAGCAAAACAUGGCCAGGAUAGAGAUGAACGCCAUUCUACAUCAGAAAGAACUGGAGAACGCCCACCAAAAGGGCAUGAUGGGCAUGGAGAACCCCAUGUCCUACCCUCCCAACCCCAUGGCCUUCAGGGGUCGGCAGCGCAUGCCCGAGGCCCACGACGUCUUUGUCCACCGGCCCACCCUGGACGACCUUCACUCCAACAGCAUCCUCAUGUCGACCAGCCCCUAUCCACCGAUCGGCUCGCUCCACAGAGAACGGGGCCGGCGGGUGGGCAGGCGCCCCACGGCCCACAAGAGCGCCGACCAUCCCGUCGGCCACGUGAAGGGCCCGGCUGAGGACAAGAGCGUGGAGCGGAGUCCGGGCUGCGUGUCCGGCGGGGAGGAGAAGGAGGUGGAAGUGAAGGGAGACGUGGGGGAGGAGUGCUCCGCCGGCAAAACGCCCCACCAGGCCAAAGCGGAGUCGGAAACAGCUGCGGGAGGCAGGAAGUGCUACAAAGAGGGGGAGGCCAACUUGCGGAAGGGCGGCGCUCCAGACCAAUGCCCAGACGCCAGCAGCAGCAGCGUAGCCAACGACAAGGACGCUCCCAACCAGUGUGGCGCCUUCCAAGAGAAGUUCAUGUUCCCCUCGGGGGGGAUGCCUUACAUGUUCCCUGUGGGCGGGAACGGCUUCCUUCCACCUGCUCCUCCCAAUCUCUUCCUAAAUGGUGACGAGGUCUCCGAGGACAUCAGAAAGUGGAGCGUCAACGACGUUUGCAACUUCAUCAGCAACAUCCCCACGUGUUCAGAGUACGCCCAGACCUUUAAAGACCACAUGAUCGAUGGCGAGACACUGCCGCUGCUCUCUGAGGAACAUUUGCUGGACACGCUGGGCCUGAAGCUGGGGCCUGCUCUGAAGAUCCGCUCACAGGUGUCAAGGCGCAUGAGCAGCAUGUUAUACAUGAUGAACCUGCCGCUCCCCGCCGGCCCCCUGCAGGCCGCCCCCGACAAGCCGGGCGACCGUUCGUCCGAGAUGGGCUCCCCGGUGAACUGCAACAGCGAGGAGAUGAUGAUGAUGGCGGCGGCGGCGAGCCCCCGGGAGCCCGCCGACGUCCUCAAACCCGCCGAUCACCUCGGCGAGCCGGGCAACAAUUCCCCUCGCGCCAAAGAGUUGAGCGCCGAACACGUCUGAACGCCGCAAGCAGCGCGGUCGGUUAACGAUGGACAUGCGUCAAGUGGAUCGGCGGC